AUGGAGAAUCCAUCGAAAACGCUCGCAAUUCUAUCACAAUUUAUGGCUUCACAAGGAAUCCCAUUCGAAAAUGUCCAAAAUCCGGGAUUUCGGAAAUUUCUGGCGAAUUUCGGUGUUGACUCGGCGGUUUUUGCGCCGGCGGAGAUGAAAAAUUCGGUUAAAACCGGCGAAAAAUCAAGGGAAAUCGAUAAGUCGAAAGGUCCGAUCAGUUUGACAGUGGAUUGGUCUCCGCGAUUUCUAGUCUACUCGGUGCACUAUUUUGAGAAUGUUUUCGAGCGCAAAACCGCGAUUUUUUUCGAGAAAUUCGAUCAUAGCAUCACAGCCGACACAAUUUAUCAAAAACUCGGUCUGGGAAAGCCGGAAAUUCUCAACUUUCUCGGCGCAACGUCUCAAGUGUCGUUCCGUUUCAUGGAGCAUCACACCGCCAACAGCUACACGUGCCUUCAUGAUUUUAUCACCGCGUUCGUCAAGCGAAUUCUGAACUUGUCGGAAAUUCAGAAGGCGUUGCAACUUGUCAAGCAGUUUUUGAAAGUGUUCAGGAGCAAUCCAAGCAAGAUGAAUUCGUUGAAAAAUGUCCUACUACAAAGAUCGCUAUCCACCGCCUGGCCGCCUGAAGAAAACGCCACGUGGCAGUCGACAGCGGAUUUUUUGAAUCGAUGGAUCGAAUUGAAUCUCCUUUCUUUCAGCACCCGAUCUUCGACAAGUUCUCUGUCACAUGGGGCUUCCAACCAAUUAUCUCCACCCACGCGUCACCCAACUUCUCUACCAACUUCAACACAUCCUCAAUCAAUGCUCCCACGCGUCUCGAUUGCUCAGCAAUCCCAAAACCAGCUCGAUAUCUCAAAUCAUUCCAGCCGUGAAUCAAAUCCAAAAAGCGAUUUCCGACAAGAAUCAACCGAACAAACCGUUCAUCGAGCGAUUCAUCGUCCGAGAUUUCGGCAUCAUCUUCCACGGAUUCAUCCACGAGACGUACAACUUGAAGUACGAGGUGGCGAUGAUUCUGGAUCCACGAUACGCGUAUCGAGCGUCGAUUCGAGACGGAAAAGAAUGGAAGAAUGUGGAGAAGCGGCUGAUGGAUCAGGUGAGCAAUUGAUAACAUUUCAAAUUAUGAAAUUUUCGUUUCUCCAGAAAGAGCUGGACCUCUACCGCUCGAUCAUUCAAGACCUUCCCUCCCGAAACUUCCAGAAUCCUUUGGUAGAAUUCUGGAGAGUGCACUCCAAAUCGCUGGGCGCUCUGGCGAUGAUGGCUCGCGACUAUCUGGGAUGCCCAGCGAUUUCCAUCGACGCCAGCUUCUAUUUCAGUAGCGAUGGUUCUGGAAGAUUCGACGGAUUCUGCAAUAGGUAUGCUGGCGCCGAGCUGGAACGUCUUCUGGAUGCCGCGAGCACGCAGCAAGAAUUUCGAGGACGUGGAGAGUACGAUUCGAUGCCCAUGGAAGAAUUCGACGUGGAUUCAGAAGACGUGAGGCCAGAAGAAGAAAAGUCAGAAGAGCCAGAAGACGUGGAGAUGCCAUCCACGUCAUCAGCCAAGAGACCAGCUGAAGCAGUCAAAAAGCCGACGAAAAGGCGGAAAACUUCAAAAAUGUGGGAGAAGAAGACGUCGCGGAAUUCUGAAGAACCAGAAAAAAAGCUCGAACCCGAAGAAACCAACUUUAUAGAGCCGAAACUAGAGAUGCCAGAUGACGUGACGCCUCCUACAGAAGACCCAUCGGACGUCGUUGUUACAUUGUCGCUACAGGAAAUGGAGGCGGUCAGAGGACGUGUCCAGAAGACGUCGAAUUCUGAAGUUCCGAAAAAUUCAGAAGAGCGGAAACCGGAGAAACUUCUAGAGCCGAAACUAGAAGAGCCCGAUUAUGAUACCGAAGACGUCACGCCGUCUGAAGCACCAAUAUCGGCGAAUAUGGAUUCUGAAGACGACGUCAAACCUGAAGUUGCCACAUCAUCUGAAAUUUCUCCAGAAAUUGCCAAAAAUAAUUCUCAAGUCGUACACAGUUGUAAACUUCUGGAGAAUUAUAGAAUGCUCACGAAGGCGUCCGAAGCAGGCACGUCUUCUGACGCCUCCAGAUUCUGUGCAACACCUUCUGAAGAUCCGACGAUGUUUUCUGAAGCUUUCACAUCUCCAAAAGAUUUGAGUUUCGAUGACAAGUCUUUUAGAGACCCGACGACUUCAUGGAAGUCGUUUGGCGCUUUAGCAGAGGCGUCAUCUAGAGGUGAUUCGUUUUCAAGAGUACUCGUGACGUCUUCAAAAGGUUUAAAAUCGUUUUAUAUGUGUUCUAGAAGAACGUCUUCUGGAGUUUCCACGCCUUCAGAAGCACUCAAAUCAUCCAGAGCGUCUUCUGUAUCGUCUCUCCCUCCAAAUCCUUUUGUGGCGUCUUCAGAAGUACUCAAAUCACCUGGAACGUCUUCUGAAGCUACCACUUCUCCAAGACCAUUCACGACGUGUUUAGAAGACUAUAAAUCGAUCGAUACGUCUUUUGGAACGACUUCAAAAGAUCCGACGUCUUCUGAAGCGCCCACGACUUCAGCGUUUGAAGAGCAAAAGCCGGAAGAAAUCAGUUUUGGCUCCAUAAAAAAGUCAACGUUCCCAGACGUCUACAAAUCGUACAAACUGACGUCAUCUGGAGCGGCCACGUCGUCUAGAAUUGUCGAAACAUGCGAUGGCGAUGAGGAGGAGGAGGAAAAAAUUGUGUUAAGCGACGCGUGGAACAUCCCAGAUCCAUCUCCACCACCACCACGGUCUGAAUCAUCAAAACACUCGCAUCCGCCACGUUGCUUUCAGUGCCAAAACAUCGAUAGAAGCGUCGCAAAGAAUAGAUUCAGUAUGCUCGAAGACCGUCAACUGAUCCUUCUGGCAGCCGUCGUCGACCGAAAGCUUCAUAUCGCCGACGCGCUCGAUGGGUGUCGAAAAAAACCACCCCAAACAUUUUGCACUCAGCACAUCACCGAAACGGCCCGACACAUCUACCGUAUGCUCAAUGUGCAACGUGUCGAUGAGAUUCGCUCGGCUCCCAACGACGGAAUCGAAUUGACGGCGUGGAAAUUCUAUAAAGACAUCUGUCGCGGCAGCGCGGCGGUUACUGUAGACUCGUUGAAGGAUGUUUGCAUCAAAUUCAUUUUGAAAUACGAGGAGACUCAGUGCUUUUUGUGUCCGACGCAACUUCAUCGAUCGUUGAUGUUUCCCGUCGCCAAGAGUACAGUAAACCUCGCGGAUUGGAUACUUCAUAAAAAGAUGAAGGGAUUGGAGGAGGACAGUCAGCUAAGGAAAAUGAAGAGAUCCGCUCUGAUCAAACACCUGGGGACCCUAGUGGACAGUCACGUGUGCAAGGAGCAUUUUCCGAAGAACUGUACGAGCGCAAAAGCGACUCUGAAGGGUCCGGAACGCGUUUUUCAAGAACUGAGCAGAGUUUCAACAGCUUCAGAUGACGUGGAUUUGGAAGGAGAAGAGGAGGAAGAAGAAGAAGGCGUGGAUCGAUAA